AAACUGGCUCAAGCCAAACCAGUCAGUAGUUCUGCAACCUUGAAAGAGAACUUCCAAUUAACAGACGAUGACUAUCAGCAGUUUUGGAAAGCUAUAGCUAAAGUACAACGUAGGUAUCCAAAAGGGGUGGAGGAAAUUCACAGGGUUCACCUCGGUCACAGGGACCGACAUGGGUCCUCCGAGGCUCUGCCAGAAUGCCUGAUGUGUUUCAAUGAAAUACCAAGACCUCAGUUUUUUCACCAUAUUUACCAAGAUUGUUCAAUCAGCCGUACAUUAUGGGACAUACUUCGUCCUACAGAAAUCACAUUAAAUUUAAAGAAUCUCAUUUGCAAUUCUUCACUUUCACAGGCUGCAUAUCUCUCGUGGAAUCAAUACCUUUUAGCUGUUCAUCUUUUUAGAUGCCGACGGCGAAAUCCAAUGGACAGGGACAUUUUCACCUGUUCUAUGCUUUCAUCUUGGGUAUCGAUUUUGCAGUCUAGACGUCUUAUUUAAACAUUUUACAAGUCCGGUAGCUUAUACCGUUGUCAAGUUUUUUACAGUUUUCUAAGGAUAUCACCUAGUUUUUAGGUCAUAUCACCCGGAGGUUUUUAUCCUAGGAUUUCCUUCACCAUUCGGUAUGGAUUAGAGGAAGAUUUAUAUACUUUGUAGUUGAUAGGUUGGACUUUAGUCGUAAUACAUGCCAUUUCGUAAAAAAAAAAAAGGGCCUGUCCAAUGUCAGAACUACGACCAAUCAAUCAGCCAGAGGGACCUCUAGGGGUUUUCUCUGGUGAAAGCUCUUCAAAUCAAGCCUUAAACGAGCCAAAACCACCGGAUAUUGACCGAAAUCCACACGACCAUGUCGCACCCCAUGAUCUGAUGGACCUCGAUGGCGAGUCCACAGAUGCCGAUGAAAACGGCAAUUUAGAGCCAUCCUUCGUGACUGCAGUGUCAUCUACCUCUGAGGAACCGGCCCAACUACGGGAUAAUCCCACGGACGAGCUGGUUAUUCAGAACCAGACCCCAUUAAGUCCUACUAUGGAAAGUUUUGAAACCUCAGUUUCGGAAAUUUUUCAAAGUCACGUGCUUGACGAGGUACACGACCAGGAAAUGGCUGCAAACGAUGAUAAUGAAAUGGAUCACAUUUCUUUAAAUUCUACAACCAGCCUCUCGAACUUGCCCGAACAAGAAGAUUCUCUCCUUGUACACCAACUUAAAGAAAAUACAAAAACCCAAAAAAAUUCUGAAUCCUUACAAUACUUAAAUAAAAACCAAAAAAACUCCGAAAAUACAAAACUCCCAGAAAAAAAUACACAAGACCUUGAAGCAGAGGAAUACCCACUCUUAGGAACCUCAAAGAGUUCUUCUAAGAAAAGGAUUCAUCCCUCAAACCCCAACUAUUAA